AUGUCUGCUGAGUUCGGAUCAACCAAUACGUUGAAAGCUACCAGCCAAUCUUCUGUACUUCCUUCAGGUGGAGAUGCGACCAAGCAGUUGAACUUGGAUGUUGACACGCCCAUCUCGAAGCAACUUGAAGAUCUUCACAAACUCAUUACUGAAAUCAAUGUCGCCAUGAUGACUACUCGAACAAGUGACGGCCAUCUCGUAUCUCGAGCCAUGAGUGUCCGAGAAUGUGGCAAGUGUGGAGAUACUGUCUUUGUUACCAACAACCAAACUGGAAAAAUGACAGACUUUACAGACGACCCUCACGUAGCACUCAGCUUUUAUCGUGAAAAGACUAAGGAAUGGGUUUCAAUCUCUGGCACUGCACGAGUUGAGAAUGAUCGUGCCUUGAUUACACGUUAUUGGACGCCUGAGUUGCAAGAGUGGUUUGGUAAAUUGGACGAUACUCAUGACGGCGGGCCUGCCGACCCACGUAUGUCGCUGGUCUACGUCACUGCCGACUCGGUCCACUACCAAAUCCAGGAUAAAUCAUCUUUGGCUGUUGCGUAUGAGAUGAUCAAGAGCGGCAUUACUGGCGCGAUCCCCAAAAUCGCUGCAAUCCGUGAAAUAUCCACUGCAGAGUUAACACAGGCUCGAAAGACGUCCUUGGAAUCUCAAAUUCCUGGAUCCACCAAGACGACAACUGAAGAGUAA